AUGGGCCGCGAUGCUCUUGCGGCCCUACUCUCAACUGGCGAGCCAUCCGACCUAGCCAUCGUUGAUGUUAGAGAUUCUGAUCAUGUCGGCGGUCACAUUCGCUCAUCAACUUGGGUCCCCAGCUCAACGCUCGAUGUGCGCAUGCCCGAACUGAUUCGCACCCUCAAGGACAAGAAGAUGGUUGUCUUUCACUGUGCACUGAGCCAGCAACGCGGUCCCUCCGCGGCCCUUCGCUAUGCACGUGAACGUGAAAGCGCGCUAGGCCAGGACCAACCCCAGCAAGUCUUUGUGCUGGAGGGUGGAUUCGUGGAGUGGCAGCAGAAGUAUGGCAAUGAUGCCAAGCUGACCGAGGCAUUUGCUGCUGAUAUCUGGGAAGAAUAUUGA